GAUUGGAGUUGUCGGAGGAUGCUGAGGUGGCGUUUCCGGGGUGGGAGAUGUGGGUGCGUUUGAUGGGGCCGGUCAGGUUUGUGGAUGAGACGGUGUUGGUUAGGAAGUUUUAUGAGGUUGGUGUGGGAGAUGAGGAGGGGAUUGAUGGUGGUCUGGAGCAAUUUACUUUGCCAUUGACGGAUGAAGGGCUGGGGGAUACGUCUUCGAUACAACGGUUGCGGGAUGAUGGCUCGUCGCGUGAGUUUGGGGGUUUGGCUGGGGAAAGUUUCCAGCAUGCUUUGGAGGAGUCUAGUGGGGGGUUGAAAUUGGUUGUUUUGAAGCAGGAACAGAGGCUAUCGCUUAAUGGGCGAGAGGCUACGCUGAUGCGGAAUUAUGUGGAGAAUAUGGCGCUGUGGGCAGAUAUCACGGACCCUCAUCGACAUUUCGAGGUAGAGGUCCCGGUCAGAGCGGUGCAGGAGCCGGUCCUGCGUUAUGCGAUAUUUGCUUUCUCCUCUCGACAUGUUGAAAGACAGAGCAAGGGAAAUGAGGCAGAAGCGCUGCAGUAUCAUAACCACUGUCUGCAAUUGCUGAUUCCAGCGCUUUCUGGCUCAGGAGGUGACUUGACUGAUGUCGUGCUUGCCACUGUUGCGAUUCUUCGCCAGCAUGAGGAGAUGGAGUGUGAUGACAAUCAGUUCCACCUGACAGGAGCAGCGCAUAUAUUGAACACUGUAUCAUCCUUUGGAUCAUCAGGAGGCCUAGGCGAGGCGGCUGCCUGGCUGUGUCUCCGUGACGAUAUCCACGUAUCGCUAAUCUCGCAAAAGCCUCUGCGAACGAACCUGGAAAGCUUCCAUCAUUCGGAUAUAUUUGUCAGAAAUGAUGACUUCGCCUGGGCCGCUCGGAUGGUCUUUCUGCUAGCCAAAGUGUUGAGAUGCGCAUUCAACCAAGUGUCCUCGCCAGAAUAUACCGCGCUACAGAAUAUUGCUCAAGAGGUCGAAGAUUGGAACACCCGAAAGCCGCCUUCUUUUCAUCCCCUUCGAAUUCUCCCUCGUGACAAGGAUGUUUCCCGCCGAUUCCCGGAGGUGUGGAUGUUGCUACCCGUGCAUGUGGUCGGGGUUCAAUACUACCACAUCGCCAAGAUUGUCCUAGCCUUUUCUUGUAGCCCAAGCCCAUCAUUGGCCUACGAGAGUUUCAAAAACUCGCGCAAUAUAGAGAAAACGAUUCGACACCACCUCUUCAUGGUGCUGGGAUUGGCCAAGUCAAAUCCCAAAGCGGAGAACACGCUUUUUACUGCGCGGCACAGUUUGGUGGCCUGGGGCUGGGUCAUCCGGCAUCGACCGGACCAGGAGGCUGCCGAGAUUCUUCUGAGAGAAAUGUGGACGAGGACCGGCUGGGAUGUGGCCGCCUCGAUACAGUCUUUACGAGAGCAAUGGGCCGACGAGGACACGGACAGCUGAGCUGACCGGUUGCCGAAUCCGCCCUUAACGAGCGACAGGUGCUAUCUCCGUGAGCCAUAGCACCCUCCUAGUUGGAUAGAUCAACUUCACAGCCUCAUCGCUGUUGUUGCCACUUGAUGGCCCAACGCUGCUGCCCUAACGAUCGGGAUCGGGUACUCGGAUGCAGCGCCUCUUCGCUGGCAUUGGUUUCAUUCGUCCGGGCAUAUGCGAUAUGAUCGAGUGGCUGAAAGCUUAAAAGGACGAUACGAUCACCGGGGCAUUGUGACCCGCCGAUUGGCAGAUAAUGACCGUAGAUCUCACUGGUGCUCCGAUGCUGCGUGUGGCCAUCACAUUGGGCAUGAUUCUGCACCAGCAGCAAUGCCAAUGCGACCCUGACUCGAAGUGGUGCAGUGUUCACAAC